AGUCCAAAGGAGCAACAAUCAAACCGACCAACAAGCCAAAAAAUGAGGAACAAGGUAGACACGCGCGAACGAGAGCUAAGGUUGCAUGCAUUCGCCAUUUUUCUGGAAUCAAAAAACAGGACAUUCAUCUCUGAUCUAUAUAUAGUUUUGUAAAAUCGUGUCUACGAAUCGAACCCUUACCAAACUACUGCUGUCCCAAAAUUAAAACUGGCCGGAAAUGACAGCGACGAGUCGCCACUUCCUCCUAGUCAUUGCUUUCAGUUUCAUCUUCUCCGCGGCAGACUCCUCUGAUGAGUGUGUGUACAGCCUGUACAUCCAGACGGGCGCGUUUGUGACCGCCGGAACGGACUCGAAAAUCAGCGUGGAGAUGGGGGACAAGCCCGGAAAUAGAGUGUGGGUCCCGGAGCUCCGGGACUGGGGAUUGAUGAACCGAGAUCACGAUUACUUUGAAGGUGGGAAGCUGGACAUUUUCUCGGUGAGUGGUGCGUGUCUCCAGCAGCCGCUUUGCAGGCUGAACGUCACCUCCGACGGCUCCGGCCACUACCCCGGCUGGUUCUGUGAGUUUAUUGAGGUGACGUCGACGGGGCCGCAUCAGGGGUGUAGCCAGUCCAUCUUCCAUGUCAACCGCUGGCUCAGCGGCGAUGACUUGACGGUGGUUUUUGAUGUGUGUGAGUGGGUGCUCAAGCCUGGCCGCCCUCUUGUUGUGCGGAAACCCACUGUGCCUUCUCAGUGAAUUUGGUUGUUUUAUUCAUUAAUUUGGAUUCUGCAUGUAAAUCUUCCCCUGGCCUCUUAUUGAUGAAAAAUAAGUUAUUGCUUAACUACCAUACAACCGACUUCUAUUUAUUUUACCAAGGAAUCCAUUUCAUGUUGCGGUGCUCAA